CCAGCUCUUGCUGUGUAUGGCAGAGAACAAGCUGCUGCUGCGGGGAAGGAAGCACAGAGAGCCAGGAGCGGCACAGCGCACACAGCACAACACCUCCCGCUGCCUGGGCACGGGACAGAGCGGCUCACCAUGGCUCCAGGUGCCUCGAAGAGGAUGUGGGGCAGCGUGGGGGUGGCCCUGGCUGACCUCUGUGCCAUCCUGCUCUGCUGUGGGCCCAUGCUGACCUGCUGCCUCCGGGUGACCAUCUCCCCAGCAGUGUUAACUCUCCCUGAAGGUAACAAAGCCACCUUCUUCUGCAAUAUCUCCAUGGAGAAUGAAACUGGUUCAGAGUAUAGCCUCAACUGGUACAAGGAGACCAACAACAGGCAACCCCAAAAAACUGCUGAGCUCAGCCGACAUGAGCCCGUGACGGAGACAGAGAAGUACCGGCUCAGCAACAACACUCCUGUCUUUAAGAUUGAGAUCCUGAACCUCCACCAGAAUGACUCAGGCUCCUACUACUGUGGAUUGAUUGCCUUCUUUGAGCCUUCUGUGAGCCUGAUGGAGAGCAACCGGUCCCAGCUGAUAGUCACAGCAGCCCCCCAGAUGAAUGCCACUGAUGAGCCAGAAAUGGAGGAAGGCAGCCCCUCAGAGCACAUCAAGGCUAUGCUGCUGGGGAUCCUCGUGCUGGCUGGAGUGGUUGUGCUGCUGAUCUUCAGCUACCUCAUCUUCACGCACAGGAGAGGAGAUGUGCAGAAACCACCGAGUGAAAAUAUGCCAGUGGAAGAGAAGCCCCCUGUGGUGUCCAUAUCCACUGUGGACUAUGGUGUUCUGGAGUUCCAGAGGGACCAGUGCACCCUGGUGCCCCCCAAGACUUGGCCAGUUGAGCAGACUGAAUACGCCACCAUCAUCUUCCCUGAGGAGAAACCUGUGACUCCACAGCGUGGCAAGAAACACCUGGAUGAGAGGACUCGACAGCUGCCAUCACAGCCCUGCUGA